ACCGUCCGGAGCCGCGUGUUCCAGCGAACCGCCGGUCGAGAGAGAGCGUGGGGUUAGGUAGGAGGAGUGGCCACGCCCGAGAGCGGUUCCUCUUAUAUAUAUGCAUGAUGCCCUUCCAAAACCUCAGGAUCUCAGUAUCCGUUGUUCGAUCAGCAAAAGAACCAUGGAUGACUUUCUCCUGGUCGCGGGCUCCCUAGCCCUGGCCCUCACCGUGUGCUACUACUUCAUCAUCCACGAUAAUAAUAACAAGGCGAAGAAGCUGCCGCUGCCGCUGCCGCCGGGGCCGCGGGGGUGGCCGGUGCUGGGGAACCUGCCGCAGCUGGGCGCGGCGCCGCACCAGACCAUGCGCGCCCUGGCGGCGGAGCACGGCCCGCUGUUCCGCCUCCGCUUCGGGAGCGCGGAGGUCGUCGUCGCGGCGUCGGCGUCCGUGGCGGCGCGGUUCCUCCGCGGCCACGACGCCAACUUCGGCGACCGGCCCCCGAACUCCGGCGCCGAGCACGUCGCCUACAACUACCGCGACCUCGUCUUCGCCCCCUACGGCGCCCGCUGGCGCGCGCUCCGCAAGCUCCUCGCGCUCCACCUCUUCUCCGCCAAGGCCAUCGACGCGCUCCGCGGCGUCCGCGAGCUCGAGGUCGCGCUCAUGGUCAAGGGCUUGCGCGUGUCUUCUUCGGCUCCGGCGGGGGUGGCGGUGGGGCAGGAGGCGAACGUGUGCGCGACGAACGCGCUGGCCAGGGCGGCCGUCGGGAGGAGGGUCUUCUUCUCCGGCGGCGGCGGGGGAGCCGAUAGCAGGGAGUUUAAGGAGAUGGUGGUGGAGCUCAUGCAGCUGGCGGGGGUGUUCAACCUGGGGGAUUUCAUCCCCGCUUUACGGUGGCUCGACCCGCAGGGCGUCGUGGCCAAGAUGAAGAAGCUCCACCGCCGCUACGACGACAUGAUGAACGGCUUCAUCAAGGAAAGAGAUGCUGGCGCUGGGGCUGAGCAAGGGAAGGACUUGCUGAGCGUCAUGCUGGGGAAGAUGCGGGAGCUGGGUGGUGACGAUAACAACGGGGGUGAGGAAGGCGAGUUCACCGAGGUUGACAUCAAAGCUCUUCUCCUGAAUCUGUUCACGGCGGGGACGGACACGACGUCCAGCACGGUGGAGUGGGCGCUGGCGGAGCUGAUCCGGCACCCGGACGUCCUCAGGCAGCUCCAGCAAGAGCUCGACGCCGUCGUCGGGAAAGACAGGCUCGUGUCGGAGUCCGACCUGCCGCGGCUCGCCUUCCUCGCCGCCGUCAUCAAGGAGACGUUCCGGCUCCACCCGUCGACGCCGCUCUCGCUUCCUCGGCUGGCCGCCGAGGAGUGCGAGGUGGACGGGUACCGGAUCCCGAAAGGCACCACGCUGCUGGUCAACGUAUGGGCCAUCGCCCGAGACCCGGCCUCGUGGGCUGACCCGCUGGAGUUUCGGCCCGCGCGGUUCCUCCCCGGCGGGUCGCACGAGGGAGUGGAUGUUAAAGGCGGUGACUACGAGCUCAUACCGUUUGGGGCCGGCAGGAGGAUAUGUGCUGGGUUGAGUUGGGGUUUGAGGAUGGUCACGCUGAUGACCGCCACGCUGGUGCAUGGAUUCGAUUGGGCCCUGGUUAAUGGCAUGACCCCUGAUAAGCUGGAUAUGGAAGAGGCCUAUGGGCUUACGCUGCAGCGGGCCGUGCCGUUGAUGGUUCAGCCCGUGCCUAGGCUACUGCCGUCGGCGUAUGCAGUGCAGUGUGAUGGGUAGGGAUGGUAUUGGCCGCCAUUACCGGAUAAUAUCUCUUUGUAUAUGUCAAAGAUAAACAACAAAUAUGUAUAUGUGGAGUUAUAUCUCUUAAUGUUUGUCCUACAAGAUAAUAUCUCAUGGUGAUUGCGUGGAAUCUA